AUGCAAGGUCCAACCAAACGGGAAGAUCACAGACCCCAGAAGACACCAAGGUCACUACCAAGAGGUACUAACCCCUCAGAGACCCUGGGGCAGACUGACACCUCGGUUACACAUCACCACAAUGUUAGCCAUUUCAACAGUGGCAGGGAAAGGAGGAGGGCCUGCCAGAGGAGCCUCAAGGGGACCCACCCGAUGACAACUCUACAUGGCACUCCUACUAGGGUCCACAAGCAUAGGUCCGGGAUCAGCACACAGUCUCUCCUGCACCUGAGUGCCACACGCCUACCAGACAAGGAACCGGACGGUCUCCGCUGGCCCACCUGCGGGGAUCGGAUGAUGGACGGCACCGAAGGCGGACUAUGCCUAUGCAAGCUUAAGAUCGGUGAUAAGGCAUAA